UUAAGUCUUUUCACAAGAAAAAGGAGACUAAAAUGGGGAGCAUUGAUGCCACGGAGUUAGCUUCAGAGAAGAAACCAAACCCUGGGAAAGCGACCAUUCUUGCUAUUGGAAAAGCCUUUCCUCACCAGCUAGUGAUGCAAGAGUACUUGGUCGAUGGCUACUUCAAAACCACAAACUGUGACGACCCUGAACUCAAACAGAAGCUUACUCGCCUCUGCAAGACAACCACGGUGAAGACAAGGUACGUUGUAAUGUCAGAGGAGAUACUAACAAAGUAUCCAGAAAUCGCCAUCGAAGGAGGAUCCACCGUGAAGCAGCGUCUGGACAUAUGCAACGACGCUGUAACCGAAAUGGCAGUGGAAGCUUCAAGAUCCUGCAUCAAAAACUGGGGCCGUUCUGUUUCCGACAUAACUCACCUUGUUUAUGUCUCUUCAAGCGAAGCUCGUCUUCCUGGAGGCGACCUGUUCUUAGCCAAAGGGCUUGGUCUCAGCCCCGAGACGCACCGUGUUCUGCUCUACUUUGUCGGCUGCUCUGGAGGCGUUGCUGGUCUCCGUGUAGCCAAAGACAUAGCCGAGAACAAUCCGGGGAGUCGAGUCUUGCUUGCCACGUCAGAGACGACCAUCAUUGGUUUCAAACCCCCGAGUAAAGAUAGACCGUAUGAUCUUGUUGGUGUCGCGUUGUUUGGUGAUGGAGCCGGAGCUAUGAUCAUCGGGUCUGAUCCAGACCCGGUUAGUGAGAAGCCACUCUUUGAGCUUCACACCGCAAUUCAAAAUUUCCUACCUGAUACGGAGAAGACAAUAGAUGGGAGGCUAACAGAAACAGGGAUAAACUUCACACUAUCAAGAGAGCUUCCACAGAUAAUAGAAGACAACGUGGAGAGUUUCUGCAAGAAGCUAAUAGGAAAAGCAGGACUGGCUGAUAAAGACUAUAACCAGAUGUUUUGGGCGGUUCAUCCAGGUGGACCAGCUAUCUUGAACCGUAUGGAAAAGCGGCUUAACCUGUCGCCGGAGAAGCUGAGUCCAAGCAGAAGAUCUCUUAUGGACUAUGGCAACGCAAGUAGCAAUUCGAUUGUUUAUGUGUUGGAGUAUAUGUUGGAGGAGAGCAGGAAAUCGAGGAGCAUGAGUGGAAGUGAAAAUGAGUGGGGUCUGAUUCUGGCUUUUGGACCUGGUGUUACAUUUGAAGGCAUCGUUGCUCGAAACCUUGAUGUUUGAGCAGAAAGUUGAGAUUAAUAGGGGUUUGGUUGUAACUUGAUGCUCAAGAAACAAUUCCCUUUUGCUCAUAGCCACAUUUCAACAGAUAGAGAAAGAUGCAAAUAAUAUGAAGAUCUAUAGCAUAUAUAUAUAUAUAUACACUGGUGAUGCUAAUAGACAUUGAUGUAAGUGUAUAGAAUAUGUUGUAUUUCAAAGCUAAUAUAUACUACUGCUUUUAUUAUAUCAAAUAAUAUCUGAGUUAAAAGUUUUUUUGACAUU